UGUCUUCCGCUGAGCUCAGACGGACUAUUUUUGCUAGCAAUGGAGGUCCAAUAAGGACCAACUUACAGAGAGCUAAGUGUAAGUGGUUUUCCUAGUUCCAUUCUUUCCGGGAAGAGCUCUCUUGGGUUCCGGCAAACUAACCGUGAUCGUCGCCGUCUCAUUGCUGUAAAGAACUGAAGGAUAAUCACGGAGAAAGUGUUUAUUUUCUAUAAGGUCUGUAAUUUCUUCUUACUUCGUUUAUCUUCUACUUCCCAACUCCUGCACCUAAAGUUGGCAAACCCAUUUAUGUGGAUGGUUAUUUUCCCAGUAGUCUAUUAAAUUGGAUUCCAAACAACGGAAAGUCAAGGUUGAAAGAUGGCUCCUCGAAGAAAAAGAAAUCGUAGCUGCAAGCAACAGAAACAACUUAACAAAGAAAAUGAUUGGGAGCUAAUUAGAAAAAGAAAACGUAGCUGCAAGCAACAGAAACAACUUAAUGAAGAAAAUUAUGGGGAGCUAAUUAGAAAAAGAAAUGGUAGCCGCAAGCAAUGGAAACAACAUAGCGAAGAAAAUGAUGGGGAGCUAAUUAGUGUGGAUUGGACAGAACUUCCUCCUAUUAUCUUUCAGGUUAUUUUUGAGCGACUACCUUUAAUUGAUUGUAUAUCUGUCAGUGAUGUAUGCAAGUCAUGGAGAAGUGUUUUUAUCCAAGACCCUUUUUCUUGGGAAAGACACGGUUUCCCUUCACUUUUUAUGUCUAAUCAGAAGGACAAAAAUAAGAGAACGUGCAUUAGCAUGAUAGAGAAACGGGCUUGGGAGAUGGAGCUGCCUGAGGCUCAUGGAAAAUACUGUUGGGGAUCAUUUCAUGAUUGGUUGAUUUUAGUAAAAGAUCUUGAAUGCUUCUAUCUUGAGAUUAGCUUGUUCAAUCCAUUCACAAGAAGCAAAAUUGAUCUACCUGGAGCAUGGAACUUUUACCACAAGAUGGUCCUCUCAGAGCUUCCCUCUUCGCAGAAGUGUAUUUGCAUGCUUGUACAUGGUCAGUCUGGGGAGCUUGCUUUUUGUGUUCCAGGAGCUCAAUCAUGGCAUCAAUAUAAACUAGUAGACGAACCAUUUGAGGAUGCUGUCUUCUGCAAUGGAAGUUUCUAUGUCUUGAGCAAUAAUUAUAACAUUUGGCAGAUUGAUGCUUCUAAUGUUUUUGCUACCAUUAGCGGACAUGAUGCUUCUCCUGUUGCUGCUGAUUCUGAGAUAAAAAAUUUGUUCCAUGAAGUAAACAUUGCCCAAAGGCAUACAAAUGAUGGUGUGUUGAAGUAUCUUGUGGAAUCUUGUGGUGAAGUUUUGCUUGUCUGUAGAUUUUUUAGCACUAAACCAGAUGCUGUACUUGAAACAGAGAAUUUUGAAGUAUAUGUGCUGGAUGUUGGCCAGAUGUCCUGGGAAAAGAUCAACAAUUUGGGAGAUCGUGUAUUGUAUUUAGGUAAAUGUUGUUCGAGAUCCUUUUCUUCAAGGGAACUCGGGGUUAACAUGUCAAACUCUAUCUAUUUCUCAAAUGAUCAUGUUGCUCCGUGGUGGAACGAAUGGGAUUCUAAACAUCUUAUAGGCAUCUCAUCACGCCUUGGUUUAAAAAACACUGACAGGAAGGAUUGGGGCAUUUUCAACCUUGGCAAAGAAUACAAUGGGAAUUUUUGCUUCCGAGGAAAUCGAGACAGUUGGGCACCUAUAUGGUUCACAGCACCUCUGUGGUGGUACUGUACAAAGUUCGCACUUAACUGAUCGUAUAUUUAGCAUAUGUAAUAGUUAAGGAAACUAAAAAACCAAGAUAUAAGAAACUGAAGUGCUGAUACUGCCUUUUGCUCUGGCUUAUCUCAAGUCAAGAAACUCGUCUCAGGGGUCUGCAAAACCAGAUACCAUGGACUAGUCAUAUGUACAGAAUACCAAGUAGAACAUACUUGAUGUUAUCUUUUUUGUUUGUCAAUUUCCAGAUUUUGCUUCCAUAGGCCUUUAUGGAACCUUUACUUUUUUAAUCAUUUGCAGAGUUCGUAUCUUCUUUA